AUGAGAAUUCUUGAAAUAUUUCGUGGACAUUUUACAAUUGAUUUUAAUGUAAAACAUUUAUUUUCAGAACUAAAACCUAUUAGAGACUUGCCUUCUCAUAUAAUUUAUUUUAGAACUCUACGUUAUACUAUACCUGUUGUAAAGGAUAUUUUAUUGAAUAAUUUGGACAAGAGUAGUAUAGAUAGUGUUAUAAAACUAUUAACUGAUGAACUUGAAAACUUUGAUGUUGUAAUAACGUCUUUAUCUGAAAAUGAUGAAUACGAGACAGAUGCCGAAUGGCUAUUAAAUAAAAUCACAACUGAUGUGAAGAUUGCAUAUUUUUCAGGAUUUGAAUUUAUGAUUGAGUGGUUAGGAUAGGACUUACUGGAAAACAAAAACCAUACGAUACGGAUUGCAUUAUGGACAUUCAUUUGAUAACUUUAGGAAACAUAUCAAUCUAGUGAUUUACCCGAUGAUGAAUUUUUGAUAACAAACAUAUCUUAAUACUCCAGGCGAAGUAUUUAUUGAUUUAUAUCUGCA